AUGAUAUUUUCUGCAGCUCGCAAAGCUGAGGCCAACAACAUUUCCGUCUUUGUUCAUUCUGACCGGCUGACAAAACCUGCAGGUCGGGCGGGUUUCGAACCGACUUUUCUGGAAGCACUCGAGCCAGCGCUUCCUCAUAUCGCCGAGCACGGCAUCAAGGUUGUCGUAGACGCCGGGGCGUCUGGCACCAGGCUCUUGCAUACAACCGUAGUGUCGCUGCUUAAGGAAAAGGGACUCUCUCUAAAAGUUGCUUGGAUUGAGGGCGAUGAGGUCUUGGAUGUCAUCAACGAAUUGCGGGCUUCCAAGAAAGCUCGAUUCGAAAACAUUUGUACACAAGAAAUUCUGGACGACUGGAAAUUCGAACCCUUGUACGCUCAGUGUUACCUUGGCCCAUUUGGCAUCGCCGCCGCGCUCUCAGCUGGUGCGGAUAUUGUCCUAUGCAGUCGCGUUUCCGAUGCUUCACUUAUAAUGGGGCCGGCGAUUUGGUGGCACGGCUGGAAAAAUGCAGACUAUGACCAACUUGCAAAUUCUCUGAUCGCAGGCCACCUUAUUGAGUGUUCGACCUAUGUCACUGGAGGCUGCUUCAGUGGUUUCAAGUCUCUGAGAGGUGCCUGCAGUGAUCUGGGUUUUCCAAUAGCUGAAAUUAGCUGCGCCGCCGAGGUCAUCAUCACCAAGCAGAAAGGGACGGGUGGCAUCAUAUCUGUCGACACUUGCACUGCGCAGUUUCUUUAUGAGAUCCAAGGGCCACGCUAUUACAACUCGGAUGUCACCGCCAUUAUCGAUGAAGUCGCUUUCAAGCAAAUCGGCCCUGAUCGUGUGGCUCUGUCUGGCGUGAAGUCCGAUCUUCCCCCACCAGCCACUAAGGUUGGUAUCACUGCAAAUGGAGGGUUCCAAGCAGAAGUUCACUACGCAUUGGUGGGUUUGGACAUCGAAGCCAAAGCGGAGAUGUUGGAAGCUCAAAUCCGCACUUGCAUGGGCGACAGGGUCAAGGAUCUCACGGUUUUGGACUUUAAAAUUAUUGGAAGAGUGCCGGAAGAUCCAGAUAAUCAAUCUGCUGCGACAGUCGACUUCUGUAUUGUCGCUCAAGCACUGAAGGAGGAAGCGCUUUCUGAGGGGAAGUCCUCUCUGUUGGUUACUUGGUUGAUUGUCUAUUGUAUGAAAGAUAGUCCCCCAGAACUAUAUAAGAAGAACCAUAGUCUAGGGUCGGCGCCCCAGCCAAUCAUAACGCUAUCCACCACUUCCAACUUCUCCCAUUACACUAUUAUCGAGUCUUAUCCUGGCGCGACCUUCUAUCCCGACUUCCGCACGACUUUACCUCGACCAAUCUUUGAGUACUUCGUCACGCUCCUGCCACAGUCGUCUGUCCGACAGAUCGCUCAUCUGCAUGACGGGAAGUCCAUUGAAAUCUCACCACCUGCAAAAACGAAGGAGUAUUCCAAAUUCCAACCUAGCAACGAGAUCACCUCGGGCAUUGCCUCUGUCUCAUCUUACGGAAAUACCACGCGAGCGCCACUUGGUUCUGUUGUUCACGCUCGCUCGGGCGACAAGGGCUCCAAUGCGAACGUGGGGUUCUGGGUUCGUCAUGACGAUGAAUACAACUGGCUUCGGGCGCUUCUUGGCACUGAGAAGAUCAAGAAACUACUCGGCAAAGAGUACAAGGGUGGUAAAAUCGACCGGUUCGAGGUACCUAACGUGAGAGGCGUGCAUUUUUUGUUGCAUAAUCAUCUGGACCGCGGUGCGAGCUGCAGCAAGACAUUGGAUAUACUGGGCAAGAACGUUUCCGAGUUCUUGAGAUGCAGAUGGGUCGAUGUGCCGGACAAGUUUCUUGAGAGAGGGAGGAUUUGA